CAUGCUGGGGGUCUGGGUGCUGCUUUGGGGUUCCGUGGCCCUGGGCGGCCGGGCGGACACCGCCUUCCUCCGCCGCGCCCAUGACAGCUCCGGGCACUGUACCUACUCCUUCACGGUCGCCAGCCCCGUGGAGGCCGCCUGUCCCGAGGCUGCCGGCGGCGUGCCCGAGCUGCGAGCCGAGCUGGCCGCCCUUGCCGCCCGCCUGAGUCGGCUAGAGAGCCGGGAGCGAGGAGCGGGAGGCUCGGGGCCGCGGGGAGCCGAGCCGGGGGGCGCACGGGACCCCCAGCAAGUGGCCGCGGCCGCCCGCCUGGAGGCUGCGUACGGCGAGCUGCUGCGGGCCAAGUCCCGGCUGGAGGAGGAGAAGGGGCGGCUGGAGAGGGAGAAAGAGGAGCUGGGCAGGCGGCUGGAGAGCAGCGCCCAGGAGAUCACCCGGCUGCGGGCCGCCCGCUGCCCCCCCGGCAGAGAGGGGCCCGGCCGGGACAUGCUGCGUGCCCCCGCCAAGGCGCCGCGCUGGGAGCCGCAGCCCCUCAGCUACCAGGAGCUGCAGUCGGAGAGGAGCGAGCUUCCCGUGUCCCGGCUGCUGGAGGAGACGGCGCUCGGCCGCCCGGGCAAGGAGGACUCAGGCUGCGGGCAGCUGGUGUGGGUGGGAGAGCCCGUGGUGUUCGGCCGGGCGGACUCCAUCGCGGGCAAGUACGGCGUGUGGAUGAAGGACCCCGAGCCCGUGCCGCCCUUCACGCGGGACAACACCUGGCGUGUGGACACCGUGGGCACCGAGGUGCGCCAGCUCUUCCAGUACGAGGAGGCCGAGCAGCUGGCCCGGGGCUACCCCGCCAAGGUGCACAUCCUGCCGCGGCCCCUGGAGAGCACGGGGGCCGUCAUCUACCGCGGCGGGCUCUUCUUCCAGCCCCGCCAUUCCCGCUCCGUGGCCCGCUACGACCUGCGGGGACAGAGCAUCACGGCCGAGAGGGAGAUCCCCGGCGCCGGCUACCACGGGCAGUACCCCUACUCCUGGGGGGGCUACACCGACAUCGACCUGGCGGUGGAUGAGACGGGGCUCUGGGUCAUCUACAGCACUGAGAAGGCCCGGGGAGCCAUCGUGCUCUCCAAGCUGGACCCCGAUACGCUGGAGAUCCGUCGGACCUGGGAGACCAACAUCCGCAAGAGAGGGGUGGCGAACGCCUUCCUCAUCUGCGGCACCCUCUACACCGUCAGCAGCUACUCGGCUCCCAACGCCACCGUCAACUUUGCCUACGACACCGCCACGGGCAGCAGCCGAGCCCUCAGCAUCCCCUUCGAGAACCGCUUCCGCUACCUCAGCAUGCUGGACUACAACCCUGCCGAGCGGCAGCUCUUCGCCUGGGACAGCUUCAACAUGGUCACCUACCCCGUCCGCCUGUCCCGGCCGUGAGCCGAAGCUGGCAGUGCCCCGGCUCUGCCCCCGGGACCCUGGUGCGUGCCUUGGCACCCCGCUUCCCUCCCCGUUUCCCCCGACACAGCCUCGGGUGCUGCUGGGGGCCGCACGCUGCCCAGCCACAUCCCGUUGUGCUCAAGUGCAGCAGAGGGAGAUGAAGCGUUGCUCCAGAGCCUGGCAGAGCCAGGGAAAUGGCUCUCAUCAGCUUCGGUGGGUUUGGGAAGGGUCACAGCAGUACCCAGCCCUGAGCUGCUCCAGCACUCUCCCUGAGCACCCAGCCUGAAUUUGAGCAGGGAGGAUUCAGGCAUGGUGAGGGCUGGGCAGGACAGGUGGUAGAAGAGCUGUGCAGGAGGAUCCUGCCUUAAAAUAAACAUUUUUUUUCCCUAGUUGUGAGCUGCGAUCCCCUCCAUGGGGUCAGGUUCUGUUGUUUCCAGGCUCCAGCCCUGCAGAGCUUUCAUGCAGAGAUCCCACAAGCUCCACUGGCAUCCCACACUCCCAGUGCCCAGGGCCAUCCUGGAGCUCAGCCACCUCCAAAAACCAUCGAGUAGGCUGAAAAGCAGCAGAAAAUACAGACACACACAUUGCACAAGCCUUGUUUUAUUGAGGGGAAAAAAAAAAUGCAGCCAAGAGAGCAGGGGUGAGGAGUGCUGGCAGGGCAUCCUGCAGCCGGAUGGCCUCUCGGUACCCAGCCCUUCCAGCCAUGUGCUUCAGCUUUACAUUCCAGGCCAGCAGCUCUCCCUACACCAAACCACGCUGUUUUAUCUAUUUAUGGUAGAAAGCUUGGAGGAGGAGGAGGCUUCUUUCUUCCUCUGGCAUUUGGGGCAGCAUCAAGCACAGGCCCCAGGGGCUGCACAGGGUCCUGGCCCAAUAAACAUUGCCCAGCACCACUGCUGUCUCACCAAGCCUGUUUUCCAAGGAGUGUGGUGGGCUGAUGCCCCUCUUGAUGCACCUACAGGCUGAAGGUGCUGGUGGGGGAACUUUAAAACUGUGAGCAGGAAAAUGCCACGUUUUGGAAGGCAGCUUCUGACAGGAAUACACCAGGUACUGGAGCAGUGGAAAAGGACAGAGAACACAGUGGGACACUUGCGAUGAUCACCUGCAGCUCCAGGGAUUUUCAGUCAGAUGCUUCACCCCAUUGCUGUCCUCCCAACACUAACACUGUUGUCUUAGGUGUAGCACUGUGUAUUUGUGUAUCACAAUGAAGCAUUUGGUUCAUCCAUCAUCCCCCACACUUUAUUUUGGGAAAAUAAGCAAUGGUUGUAAAA